CCCACGUCCCGUCGGGGCGGAGCCGCCGCCGCUGUCAUGGCGUCGCGGGCGCUGCUGGCCGGGGAGCGGCCGCUGCGGCGCCGGUAGAGCGCGGAGGAGCCGGGCAUGGAGGGCCUGGCGCAGCCCCCGCCGCCCCAGGGCUCGCCGCAGAGGGGCGGCGGGGGCGCCGCCGGGCAGCUCCUCCUGGAGGAGGCGGCGGCGGGCGGUGGUGGCGGCGGCGGGGCCGGGCCCGCUGAGGCGGGCGGCGGGCGGCGCAGCCCUUCCCCGCGGCCGGCCCCCGAGGCCCCCCGGCCGCCGUCUCCCCCGCGGGCCGCGGAGGACACGGGGCCGGCGGAGCCCGGGAGCCCCGAGGCGGCGGAGGCGGAGGCGGCCGGCUCGGGCUCGGGCUCGGGCUCGGGCUCGGAGAGCGGUCCCGCGGGGGCCGGCCCCGGGAGCAGCGGGGCGCCCAGCCCGCCGGGGGAGGAGUCGCGCAGCCUGGAGUCGCUGGAGUCCUUCUCCAACCUGCACUCCGGCUGCCCCAGCAGCUCCGAGCUCAACAGCGACGCCGAGGAGGCGGCGGCGGCGGAGGCCGCCCCGGGGGGCCCGGCCCCGGAGCCCGGCGGGGAGCGGCCCGCGGCGGGCGCGCAGCUGCUGCCCGCCUCCAAGGAGCGCUUCCCGGGCCAGUCGGUGUACCACAUCAAGUGGGUCCGCUGGAAGGAGGAGAACACGCCCGUCAUCACCCAGAACGAGAACGGCCCCUGCCCCUUGCUGGCCAUCAUGAACGUGCUGCUGCUGGCCUGGAAGGUUAAGCUGCCACCGAUGAUGGAAAUCAUAACGGCUGAACAGCUGAUGGAAUAUUUGGGAGAUUAUAUUCUUGAUGCAAAACCAAAAGAGAUAUCUGAAAUUCAGCGUCUAAAUUAUGAGCAGAAUAUGAGUGAUGCAAUGGCAAUUCUACAUAAAUUACAGACAGGCCUGGAUGUCAACGUGAAAUUUACAGGUGUACGAGUAUUUGAAUACACACCUGAAUGCAUAGUGUUUGAUCUUCUUGAUAUCCCUUUGUACCAUGGAUGGUUAGUGGAUCCCCAGGUUGCUGAUAUAGUAAAAGCAGUUGGUAACUGCAGUUACAAUCAGCUAGUGGAGAAGAUAAUUUCUUGUAAACAGUCUGACAACAGUGAACUGGUUAGUGAAGGAUUUGUAGCUGAGCAAUUUCUAAAUAACACAGCUACACAGUUGACAUACCAUGGGCUGUGUGAAUUGACUUCAGCUGUCCAGGAAGGAGAGCUCUGCGUGUUCUUCAGGAAUAACCAUUUUAGCACUAUGACCAAAUACAAGGGUCAACUUUACCUGCUGGUGACAGACCAGGGUUUUCUUACAGAAGAGAAAGUUGUUUGGGAAAGCUUACACAAUGUGGAUGGUGAUGGAAAUUUCUGUGAUUCUGAAUUCCACCUACGGCCUCCAUCAGACCCUGAAACUGUCUACAGAGGGCAGCAGGAUCAAAUAGAUCAAGAUUAUCUGAUGGCUUUGUCUCUACAACAAGAGCAGCAAAAUCAAGAAAUUAACUGGGAACAGAUACCAGAAGGAAUUAGCGAUCUAGAGCUAGCAAAGAAGCUUCAGGAAGAGGAGGACAGGCGAGCUUCUCAGUACUAUCAAGAACAAGAACAAGCAGCUGCUCAGGUCCAGCAGGUGCAAGGUGCUCCUUCUGUAGCAAGUGGAAGACAAUCUGGGAGCAAUGAACGCAAACGUAAAGAGCCUCGAGAGAAAGAGAGAGAAAAAGAGAAGAAUAGCUGUGUUCUCUUGUAACAGAAAAUGGAUUUAUUCUGGAGCCAAGUGCAUGUCCUCAGAAGCAAAAGCAAGAAGUAAAAAGGAAGACAAACCCGUUACAUGCCGCCUGUGCCUGAUUACCCCACGGAUUUUGUUCACGUUUCAGGAGAGGAUGGGUGACUUUGUUACAAUCAUGCAGACUUUCUUCAAAGUCAUAGCGCGUGUGCUGCUUGAGAUGGAAUUCCAAAUCACAGUUGGAUGCGGCUGUGCUUUGAGUUAGUCAUAAGUUAUACUGCACCUUGUAGCUGAACACACAGAUCAUGGCGAGUUUUGUGUCAUAGUGACAUCCAUUACUUAUUACAUCAGUUAGUAAGCUAUUUUAUCUUCUGCUCUAAACAAAGGAGGUAAUUGGUUUUGUGUAAGACUUUUUUUUCCUGAAGUCUGUACACUAGCACAACAGAAUCCUGUGUUACUUUAAUGAUGAGAAACUAUAUCUUAGGUUGGGUAUAGUCUCCGUAACACAAGAGCCCAAAUAACAGAUGGGCAUUGCCUCCUCAAUGUGUCCAGAUAUCCUCGCUUCUGGAUUUAGUACAUUUAUUAUUAUUUUUUUGAACCCAGAUUUAUACUGUUAGUGCUGUUGUUGCACCCCCAGCCAGCUUUCUUGCCCCAAGAAUAUAUGACUUGAUUAUACAAAAAUUGUCAUAGGAAAUGGGGCAUUUAUUAAUGAGCAAGAUGAAUAUUGUUUGCUUUUCUUGCAGUUAUAAACUGGGUAUGGCAACUCAGAUGUUAUCAGGGUUAAACAAGUGAUUUUAUAGGUAACUUCUUUUUCUUUUAGUAAUUUUUUCCUCUUGUAGGUAAACUGGACCAGAUAAUUACUUAUUUAUUGACCUCUCUAUAUGAUAGGCGAAUGAUGAGAGGAAACUAAGGUCUAUAAUAAUCCUUACUCUAAGAAUGCAGAGUUAAAAUAACUAUCUGCCUUUUUUUCCCAGAAGUACCUUUAACAUUAACAUGUCCACUUGCGUAUUUAAGCAAGUGGACUGUAAUUAAAAACACUUUUUUGUUUCUAGAUGAUAUAUCUUUAAAAAGCACACUUCCGAAGGGUGAGAGAAAAGCUAGGCUGCUCUCUGAGAUUGUCUAGAAAGGUGGUCAGGUGUAAUAUUUUGUGUUUUAAAUCACUAAUUUAGAAUUUUUGGAAACAAUUUUCUAAUUUAUGGGAACCAAAUAAACCUGUUGCAUCUUAUAGUAUUUAUAGCAUACAGAAAUGGAAUAUUUACUGAAUUAUGAGGGAACCGCAAAUCCUCCUCCAUUUCCAUUAAGUCAAUAAGAAUUACCUUCUUGCUGAACCUUUUUGAUAAGAUUUGUAUUUCACAAUUUGUAGAUACUUUUGAAAAAGGCUGCUUCUCCUGGACAAGUUACGAUUCAUGCUCUAGGCCUGGGUAAGUGCAUUAGUAUACAAUAGUCUAGGACAGCUAAGGCAGCUGGAUAGAAUAUGACAUUCCUGGUUUCCGGUGUUUGAAGAAUGUCUGUAAGAGAGUGGGUGUUUAAAAACAAGUCCACAGGUAAAAAGCUGCUUUGCAGUUAUUUCAGGCAGACCUGCUGUGGUGAUGGCAACCAGUAAUUACAUAAAAUCUGUUACUGAACCUAGAAGGAAAGUUAGACUUGUAAAGGAAGAAUGUCUUAUUAACUGAAGGGCCAGUUUAUAUCACCUUUUUCUUCCAUGACAUUUUUUUUCUUUUGUUUUUCUUUUGUUACACUUUUUUUUAAUAAUAACAAAGUUAUGAAUGGUAGUUAUCUAAUAUGCAAAUUGUAAAUGUAAAGAUUUCUCUAUAUUCUUUAGUAAAGUCACACCCAGAAAAGUCAUUUUAACAUUUAACGUAUGCAGUUUAGUUAACUUUCUGUGUCAAAGCAAAGGUUGACCUCUUUUUUCCUUUGCAGCAGCCUAACUUCUUCAAACUAAUGUGAUGGAGGAUCACCAACAUAACGACUUGUCUACCUUAAUCAAAUCAGAAAAUAUUUCAAUAGUGUCAAUAACAAAGACUUUAAGCCAGAAUGUUGUUUAAAAACAUUCUGUUACUAAGAUUUUUUCCAAAUUUGUGUAUUUACAUUUAUUUAUUGCCCUUGAAAAAUAAAUAUGUCGAGCUAAGUGUUUGUUAUCUUAUUAUUUUUCACUGACAGUAUUGCCAAUUUAAAUUAUUAUUUUUUAAACUUUAACUUGAGCAGACAUUGUGGCUAUUCAGAGUAUCUUUUUGCCUGAGAUACUUGCUCAUAUUAGAACAAUUCAUGUAGCAUUUCCACUUUCAGAGAGAUGUGUCUGAAAUCUAAUAUACUGUAGUGCUGGUAAUGUUAUUUGGUCACAAUGGAAGAAAAGUUAAAUGUCAGUGCUCAUCACAAAGUCUGGACUUCCCAGUAAUUCAAUUUCCUUUCAAUAACAGGGUAAGGUUUUCAGGUUAUUUGAGAUGACAGGCAUGCUAUUCAAACAGUUUUCUGUUUAUAUCCUUUUUUUCUUUACAGGUCUCGGAGCUUUGGGGAAAAAAAAAAAAGAUAAAGAAUUCCUAAAAUUUAGGGCAUUGUUCUGCAUGGGUUGAGCUUGAUAGUGGCAAAAGUUAUAAGCAGGUGAGCUUUUUAAUAUCCAAUAUGAAGUAUGUCUGGAAGAUUAAUUAACGCCCCACUGUGACUAACCAUUUCAAAAGUAACUGUCACAGUCGGUAUAUAAAAUAUCUGAAACUGAAAAAAUAACAAUAUGUAAAAUAUCAAAAAUAUCAAAAUAUACGAUAUCAAAAAACUGAAUAGAACUGCUUUUAUCUGUAAUAGUGAGCUUGGAAAACAAUGUCAAAGUAAUCAGGGAGCACUAGUAAGAUGAUGCGUACUUCUGGCUCUAUUUACUUCAUUUACAGUCUUUUUUCAAAUCUUUUUUUGGCAAAAGGUACAGAUUUAUAUUUUAAAUCUGUUUAUACAAUUUAGCAUGCACAUACUACAAAUACCUACAUAGCAUAUAUGAAAGUGUCAGAAAAGUAGAGUAGAACUUUGUUUUCCACUAGAUAAAAGCUAGCACAAAAGACAGAAUCAUAGAAUUUUUUGUUGUUGCAUUACAGUCGUGAAAUAAAGCUACAAGCACUGCCAUAGUGUUAAAAUGUCUUUAUAAAAGGCACUUUGUAAAUGCUCAAAUCUACCACUGAAGUUCUAUUUAUGUGUAAUCUGAAGCCCAACAAAGCAGAUCCAAAUAAGGCUGUAACAUGAGAAGAAAUUAGCAUUCCUGAAAAUUCACUUAAAACACAAUGCAAAAAAAAUCUGUAGCAAGCCAUCUACUUAAUAGAAUAAAGUAUAUGUUCAGAUUGUCUUUACAGAGCUCUUCUUGUGGAUCACAGACACACGAGUUGAAAGUGAACCAUAUACUCUUCUGUAUACACUUGCAUUGAAUUGCCAGUCAGUCUAUGCACUUGCUUGAUACUUCACGUUAUUGUCAAAUGUUUCUUCAGACUUGUACACACAAGUUCGUGACAUUUUUUUCCAGUAUGUAAUAAAAGGCAAUUCGAUGUCAUGAAAUUGGAUCUCCUGGUGUAUUCAGCAGGAAAUACUAAAGUAAAAUGUGAAGCUGAUAUACUUUUAACUGUUCUUCUUUCCUGCUACAAUAGAUCUAUAACCUGUAACCCAAAGCUAACUUAUUGCUUAUGCUUAGAUCAGCUUUUUUUUUUUUUUUUUUUUUUUACUAUUAGGAUGCUUAUCACAAUUGAUUACUAAAGUUUACACAAAGUAGAUCUUCAAAUACAACAUAAUGAAUUAAGAACUGUAUUCAUUUUACAACCUUAAGAAGUCUACUUUUAUGCAAUCUUAAAGAGCAGAUAAGUCAGAAAAUGCAAGUUAAUUGGUGUUCUUGUUAGAAAGCAUAUAAGGAAACAGCAAAAAUAAAAAGCCUUAGUUUGGUUGCACUAUAAUGCUCUUAUUUCUCCAUCUGUGCUGUGAGAGUAAGACCUUGGUACCAGGAAAAAAAUCUGACAUUGAAAAAUGUUCAUAUAGUCGAAUGACAAUAAAUAUCAAUGCAGCAACUUAAACAUAGGCAUUUUAUUUUGUGAUUUGGUGCAGUUACUUAACAGUCUUUUAAGCAUAACCAGCACUAGACUGGUAGCAGUGUUAUUUUGAAUGCGAAGUUUUGGUGAGAUGAAUGACGCUCAUCCAAAUUCAUCUAAACAGAAAUCUAUUUGAAGUUAAUUUCCAUAGUGUUUCCACAUACUCCUUCUGGUUAACAGCUUGUUCUUACAGUUGUCCAGUAGAAAAGCAUUGUAUUUAAGCUCAACUGUCCCUUCCUCUGAAGGGGAAGAAGUGUGGCAGAGAAAUGUAGAGAAGAGGCUGGAAUAUAAAAGACCUCUAUGCUGCCUACUUUUCUUGAGAUUGUCUAGGGAUUUGUCCUCAACUUUCAUACAAUCAGAAUGGUUUGGGUUGGAAGGGACCUUAAAGAUCAUCCAAUUCCAACCCUCUGCCACAGGAAGCGACAUCUUCCACCAGCCUGGGCUGCCCAAAGCCCCAUCCAGCCUGGCCCUGAGCACUGCCAGGGAUGGGGCACCCACAGCUUCUCUGGGCAACCUGUGCCAGUGCCUCGCUGCCCUCAUUUAUUACACAGUAGCAUAGUAAAUAUGCUUUAUACAGCAUUUAUUAUGGUGUAGCAUAAUAAAUAGCUGUCGCCAUAGCAUGUAAUGGCCAAACCUCACCUAAGUAAGGCCAGGCUUGAUGCAGCUUUAGGCAGUCUGCUGUAGUGGUUGGCAACCCCACCCCGAGUGGGGGCAUUGAAACUAGAUGAUCUUUGAGGCCCUUUUCAACCAAGGCCAUUCUAAUCUGAUUCCAAGAAAUGACCAGAAUACAUGUUUUAUAAUGGGUUGGCAGUGUCUGUCUCUGCGCACCUUCUUCACUCUCAUAAUGCUUCUAGGUUAAGACUAGCUGUUCGGACCCUCUUAAAAACUCCAAACGUUUUUAUUAAAUGUCAGUUGUCUGCUGUUUAAUUUUGGUCAUUAUGUCAGCUUUGUCACUAUGAGCUCUUUCUUUACUUGGAGAGUUACCUCUGGAGAACUUGCUGAAACAUUAAAGUUCUUUACUGCCUUUAAAAUUA